AUGGCACAGCUACAAUAUCUAUUCGCUUUUAUCCUGGUACAGCUCCAGCUUGCUGGUGCCCAGGAUAGCACAGCUACCAGCAAUACUUCUAGCUCCACCACAAGUACAGCAAUGGGCACCGCGAGCCCGUCAGCUGUACAAACAGUUGAUGUUGGUGAACAUGGCUUCAGCUUCGACCCUGAUACUCUUAAAGUUGCUCCAGGCGGCAAAGUUGAGUUCCACUUUUAUCCUGGUAACCAUUCAGUGGCGCAGGCCUCUUUUAGCAAGCCAUGUCACCCUAUGAAUGAUAGCAGUUUUUUCUCUGGAUUUAUUGCGCCAACUACUGGUGAAUCGGACACUGUCUUCACGGUCACUGUGAAUGACACAAAACCUAUUUGGUAUUACUGUGGCCAGGUCGGUCAUUGCCAGGCGGGUAUGGUUGGGGUGAUAAACCCACCGGCCUCCGGCUCAGACACUUUAGAGGCAUUUAAAUCGGCAGCCUCGAAUGCAAAUGGAGACAGCGUGCCAUCCAAGGUCCAAGGUGGUACUCUCAGUACAUCGAGCCCCAAAUCCUCCUCGACCUCUACCAGUGAGACGAGCACUCACAGUAGCACAGCCACCACGAGCGCGUCACCCACUACCACCAAUAGCCCAAGCCCUACCGCCACUAACAUCGCAGGAAACCUGCAAGCUUCGACCGACUCAAGCAUUGUUUUCGUUUUGGCUUUAAUGGCCUUUGGUUUCUUUAUGUAG